AGGAGGAAAGACUGCGCCGGGCCCAGUCUGGGGAUCCACCCUGGGACUCCCCACUUGUUAUGUCGGUUUUGUUUCUCCCCUCAGUUCCUGUCACCUGUGAGAUGGGAUGCCUGGUGCGAGGGUCCUCAGAGAAACCUGUGGGUUACGCAGUGAACCUGCCCUCUGGUUUGUCGGCAAACGGUGGCAAGGCGGCACUGCCCUUUUAACUGUGGUCGCCAGCGCCACAGUGGCGUCGCCCUUUUAAGGCCGGCGGCAGCUGGGGUUCCGGGGGCGGGGUCUGUCUCCCUUUGGACUCUUGCAGCCGCGGGGCUGAUUCAUUCCGGGCUCGAGCGCCAAGCUCUGACGUUGGCGCCUGCGCAGGGCGCGGCCUCGCUCCCGAUUGGCUGCUGUCGGACUGCCCUCCCCCGCGCGCCACCCCUGGUUUCCCUCCCCGGGCCGCAGAAGAAACAGUGCCCUCUCCCUUCUUGACCCCUGGCCCUUCCCUCCCUCCUUCCCUCUCGCCGCCGUAGCGUCUGGCGCAGCCGCUCCCGGAGGAGCACCCGCCGCCAACGGUGAUGGGGUCUCGGGCCUCCACGUUACUGCGGGACGAAGAGCUCGAGGAGAUCAAGAAGGAGACUGGCUUUUCCCACAGUCAGAUCACGCGCCUGUACAGCCGGUUCACCAGCCUGGACAAAGGGGAGAAUGGGACUCUCAGCCGGGAAGAUUUCCAGAGGAUUCCAGAACUUGCCAUUAACCCAUUGGGGGACCGGAUCAUCAAUGCUUUCUUUUCAGAGGGAGAGGACCAGGUAAACUUCCGAGGAUUCAUGAGAACUUUGGCUCAUUUUCGACCCAUUGAGGAUAACGAAAAGAGCAAAGAUGUGAAUGGACCUGAACCACUCAACAGCCGAAGCAACAAACUGCACUUUGCUUUCAGACUGUAUGAUUUGGAUAAAGAUGACAAGAUCUCCCGUGAUGAGCUGUUACAGGUGCUACGAAUGAUGGUUGGAGUGAAUAUCUCAGACGAGCAGCUGGGCAGCAUUGCGGACAGGACCAUCCAGGAGGCUGAUCAGGAUGGAGACAGUGCCAUAUCCUUUACAGAAUUUGUUAAGGUUUUGGAGAAGGUGGAUGUAGAACAGAAAAUGAGCAUCCGGUUUCUUCACUAAAGGACAGGGACCAAAUUAUUCUUGCUUUCUAGUAUUUAAGAACUGGAACGUCAUUCUGUCUGUCUGCCCCACUCCCAUCUUGUUAUUCCCUUUUCCCAUAAAACUACUGCUCUUGCAUGACAACCCGAAGUCUCUCCUGUCCACACAGACUUGCCUUUGGUGUAUAAACAGGGCGUUCAGAAUGGUACCCUUGGUCUAUUUCUGUCCAGUAUGCACCCACCAGGUCUCUGUUGUAAGUAUCAUCUUCCCUUGUUUUGCUGCUGAAUGCCAUGCAUCCAUCCUGUCUGAGGAAAUGAAAUAGGACUCAUAUCAAGAACCAGCCAGCAAAGCUCCCACUGGAUGGAGACCAUAUCCAUGCUGCCUUCCCUUCAUCGAGCCUCCGUCAUGUUCCUGUUUCCUUUUUGUGUCCUUUACUUCCUACUUCUCUGUCACCCAGCCUUCUCUCCAUUUGGUCUUUGGGCCUCCCUCCUUUUCAUCAGGAUUCCCUGUGUUCUGCUAGACUCCAGGCUCUGCUGUCAAGUCUGUCUGUGAUUGGCAGGAUAGUGAGUGGUCUGGUGGUUUAUAGCUACCUUCUCCUGGAUGUGUCUUUGGGGCACUGCUGUCCAGGAGCUUUUCAGCAACCAGUACAAGUCCUGGAAAGCAUGUGACUCAGUCCCCUGAGCUGCUCUCGUCACAGGGCUGUUCCUGAAAGGUGGCGUCACCGUGAGGCUUGUAGAGCCAUAUUUCCUAGGUGGUUUCCCCAGGUCUCUCUACCUCUGGCUUUUUAUUUUCAACAUAUUUAUAUGGCCUCUUUUCUGAGUACAGUGUUGACAUUCAGAAUUAGUCUUAUGCCUGCCAGUUUGCUUCUCUUUGGGACAUUGUCACCAAUAGAGUAGCCAUUAUGACAGUACAGUAGGGGGCCUUGUAGUUUUCUAAAGAGGCUAGACACCCUGGAGAGCUGUCCACGUUUGCCCUGCAGCAUGGGCUUUGCCUCAGUGUUCUGUACACUGGAAGACUCUUCAUAUUUCCAAACAGAAAGACAAGUGUUGUGGAAGUGCCUGACUCAUCUCAGUCCUAAAGAAUUAGAAGAAUUAAAUUGUCCUCAGUGUCUUAAUGUUUUGCACAAAAUUCCGAAUGAAUUUUAUACUUGGCAAAUUUUAAUGCUGGCAGCUGUGUAGUCAGUUCAUAAAGCAGUGAAUGUAUUGUCUCAUGAACGUCCUCAUCACAUGACCGUCUAGCUCCUUGUGUAGACCACUGCAGAUCCCUUCAGAGCAGAAGGCCUGGCCCCGGUGACACCAACUGAAGUGAUACUAGAGGUUGUUGAGUGACCCAGCUCAACUUUUGGGCCAGUGUCAGCUUGGUUUAGACCUCACUGCAUCAGGCUGCUUCUGUCCUAUGUCUGUAAAUCUGCUCUUGGCUGGCUUUCUCUGAUGUUGCUCGCUUGCUUGCUUCUUUGCUUUGGAAGGCUAUCCAAGAUGUAUAAACAAUUCUUUAGGAAAAAAAUUUGCUAUUAACUCAAACAAAAACACUGCAAAAGGAAUGGGUAAAGGUGAUGCAGGGGAGUGGCUAGGGUGGAUUGCUGGAGUCUACAUGAAUUGGGGAAUUCUUUAUGAAAUAUCUGUCUGACUUUGUGAUCAAAUGAUGUAAUAUAAGAAUUGUAUAAAAAGAAAGAAUUGGCCGGGCGGUGGUGGCGCACGCCUUUAAUCCCAGCACUUGGGAGGCAGAGGCAGGUGGAUCUCUGUGAGUUCGAGACCAGCCUGGUCUACAAGAGCUAGUUCCAGGUCAGGCUUCAAAACCACAGAGAAACCCUGUCUCGAAAAACCAAAAAAGAAAGAAAGAAAGAAAGAAAGAAAGAAAGAAAGAAAGAAUUGUCUGAUACUGAUCUGAGAAGUACUUCAGAGGCUUCUUGAUUUACAUAUUUAAAGUUUCUAAGAUUAUGCCCCCCUUGGCUGUGUAGCAAACUGUUUUAAUCCACAGUUGUGCCUUAUUGUCCCAUUAAAAUUGUAUUCUUCAAUCCAUCAAUAAAUUAAUUGUCAUUAAAACAAAAGAA